AUGAAUAUUUUAAACGAUUUUCUUUUCUAAUAUUAAUAUUACUUAAGGAUGUAAUCAACGUAAAUGUAAGAACAGAUCAAGAAUCAGAUCCAAACCUAAUUUUAUGUAUAUGAAGACUUGCAAAAUUUUAUCAAUUUAUUAUAUUCGUUAAAGGUUGUCAAUGAGCAUUUUAAAGGUUAAAAAAAUCUCCCUAUGGUUAAAAUAUGUAGGAAUAAGGUUGUCUUGUAGAUGAAUUUGUCAAAUAGCAUUCAUUACGAUUUAGGCUCAUAAAAAGAUACAGCAGAAAUAUUAGCAAAAGAGAAGAACUAGGCGAUGAAUAUUUUGAAUUAGCUAGAACCUGAAUUGAAUGAGUUUUAAGACUACAUAAAAUGGUAUAAAGAGAAUUGCUUGAGUUAGAACAUCCAUUUGGAACAAUAAAAAUUGGAAGAUACAAAUAUGGCUGCAAAUUUUAAUUAAAAUGUUCUAUCAUAAAUCAUCCCUGCAAUUAAUUCAAUGGAUUAAAAAGUAUAAAAUGUUUAAGACUAAGAGAAAUUUAUUGCGCCUGAAUUAAAUCAAAUUAAAGAGAAAGCAAAGUAUUGAAAUUAUUUGAUAUAGAAAAUAUUAAGAUUUUACUAGAGAAAGUUUAUAAAAGAACCAUCAAAUUGAAGAAAAAUAAAUUGAUAAAAAAUAAAAAAUUAUUACAGAUGAUUAAGAAUUGAGAUUUCUUGAGGCCAAAAGUUUUAUAGAAAAAAAUUUUAAAUCAUUUGAACAAGGAGAAUCAAGUUAAUACCUGAGCAUCAAAGAUAAUUUAAAUCAAAAUUAUAAAAAAAAUAACUAAAAACCUGAAGAAAAGCAUGCAUAAAAAUUAUUUAAAGAUGUUCAAAUUAAGGAAUUUCAUCCUUUAUAUUAUAAAUUUUAUUUGAUUGGGCAAUAUGAGAAGUGCAUUUAAAAAAAUAAUAAGAAUAUUCUAACAGUAAAUGAAUUUUCGCAAUUUGUAAAAAAUAAUAAUUAAGAUAUUUAUAACCAUUUUCUGAAAUAUCUAUUUUCAAUUUAGCAAAAGGGUAAUUUUGAAUAUCGAUCCUAUUGUGAGCAUUACAAAUAAAAAUUAUGA